GUGGGUUCAUUGUGGUUUCUCUAAUUGCCGAAAGUGAUCGCACUGAAACUUCCUACAAUAUACAAAAUCUGGUAGGUGGUUUGAUUCAGAUCAACUAUAAAUAGUUCCCAGGUUUAGCAUUCUUCCAUCUUUCACUGCAAUUCCUCUAUUUUCUUUUCUACCAAACAAAACCGUGCUUGUCAAAUAUGGCUUCUACUUCAUCUUUAGCGAUCUCCAGUAAAACUAGCUAUGAUGUUUUCCUUAGCUUUAGGGGAAUUGAAACUCGUCACAUUUUUACUUGUCACCUUCAUGCUGCCCUUUGCCGGAAAAAUAUUACAACAUUCAUAGACGAUAUCCUUGAGAGAGGAGAAGGGAUCUCGCCAGCGCUCAUGAAAGCGAUUGAAGAAUCCAAGAUUUCUGUAGUAAUUUUCUCAGAAAAUUAUGCAUCCUCUCGGUGGUGCCUAGAUGAACUAGUGAAGAUAAUUGACUGCGAGAAAAAAUUAGGGCGAAAGAUUUUACCCAUUUUCUAUCAUGUAGAUCCUUGUGAUGUUAGAAAUCAGACUGGGAAAUUUGGAGAAGCAUUUGGGAAAGUCAAAGAAAAUUCAAAGCACAGCUUAGACGGUGUGGAGAAGUGGCGCACAGCUUUGAUGGAAGCAGGCAAUCUAUCUGGAUGGGUUUCCAGCGACUCCAGGCCUGAAUCCCAACUAUGUGAAGAAGUCGCUGAUCACAUUCUGGAGAAAUUGUAUCCCAUCUCGUUUACUGCUUCUACUGGCUUAGUUGGGAUUGAUUCACAUGUUGAUAAAAUUAUGUCAUUGUUAUGUAUUGAGCCAACAAACAUUCGGGUAAUAGGAAUUUGGGGAAUGGGUGGUAUUGGAAAGACCACCAUAGCUGAAAUUCUAUUUAGUCGAAUAUGCAAUCAAUUUGAUUGCUUUUGCUUUCUUCGCAAUGUUUGGGAAUAA